AUGGAUCCCUUUCGCCUCGGCAAAAAAUGCUUCCCACACAACCAAAAUCGAUUCAGACCUCCGCGACAAGUUUCAGCCUCCAUCGACCUUUUCGCAUCUUCCCUCCUCUGCCUGCCGCUAUUUUGCGUCUCCGUCUACCCCCGAACGGCAGCAGCAGCUACUCAUACGCAUAUCCCACCGCCCAUCAUGGAUGCCUCCGGAAAAGUCCCCAUCAAGUUCGCCAAAGUGACCCGCGUUCUCGGCCGCACCGGUUCGCGAGGUGGUGUCACUCAGGUCCGCGUUGAGUUCAUGGACGACACAUCUCGAUCCAUCAUCCGAAACGUCAAGGGCCCAGUCAAGGUCGAUGAUAUUCUGUGCCUACUCGAGUCCGAGAGAGAAGCCCGCAGACUGAGAUAAAAGGCUUUCAAUAAAAUGAAUAUAUAGC